ACCAGCCGACGGCCGGCUCACUACACGUCACAACUUUCAGACUCGGCUCGGGAUAGUAAACAUGCCGUGACGUCAUGCUUCUUUUUCCUGGAUAACGUGGAUAGUGUUUUUAAAUACGAAAUGUGUACACGAAUUAGCUUGAUGGUCUUUUAAAUAUGAAAUGUGUACAAGAAUUAGCUUGAUGGUCUUUUAAAUAUGAAAUGUGUACAAGAAUUAGCUUGAUGAUGUUUUAAAUACGAAAUGUGUACAAGAAUUAGCUUGAUGAUGUUUUAAAUACCAAAUGUGUACACGAAUUAGCUCGAUGGUGUCGUGAAUUUCUGAUAAAAAUUGGAAAAGAAAUGUGACGUGAAAACUAAUUCGCCAUUGUGGUGGUUUCAUAACAAUCUGCACCACACAAAAACAAAACAAAUAAACAACCACCUGAACCACCUGAACCACCCGAGCCACCUGAACCACCUGAACUACCAAAGAACAACAUACAGAGUGCAGCAGCUAGACCAGCAGCUAGACCAACAGCUAGACCAGCAGCUAGACCAACAGCUAGACCAGCCGCUGACCAACAGCUAGACCAGCAGCUAGACCAGCAGCUAGACCAGCCGCUGACCAACAGCCCCACGGUUUGACCACGAUGUACCAGCCAGUGCUGUUGGCUGCUGUGUUUGUCUGGCUACCAGCCGCUGGCCAGCACGAAGAACUGAAGAUCGCCUGGCUGGCGCCCACCGAACCGUUUAUGGGGAUCACAGCCGAGUCCAGCGUCAACGUACUCAAGUACUCACUCCGAGUCGCGCAGCGAGAUUAUUUCCCUCGGCGGAAAAUUCGGGUCAAGUGGUACAACACUGAGUGUACACCAAAGGGGGCGCUGGCUGCUGCAGUAGACGCCCAGCGGGACUUUAACCCUCACCUCAUCCUCGGCCCCCCGUGCUCUAGCGGUAUGAAGCUGGUGGCCAUGCUUGCCUCCCAUCUGAACGUGCCAGUUUUUGGCUGGGUCUCCAACGACUACGAGCUGGCCGACAAGAAAACUUACUCCACGCUGGUGCGGGUUCUAGGCCCGCUCAAUCAGUUCUCCAACACCAUCUACUUUGUGACCAUGAUCUUCCACUGGAAGAAGUUCGCCAUGAUCUACGACCAGAGCGAGGCUUACAAGGCCGUCAAUAUGGCCAUCGCUCAGUUUCUGCGGGAUCAGUACCAAGUGACGUCAGAGCAUGUCGUCACACAAGCCAUGAAUGAUUCCGUCAUUGCCGACAUCUUCCAGCAGAUCCGAAAAUAUUCCAGGGUGAUGAUCCUCUCCGUGCCGUGGAUGACCUUGAGACGCUACAUGUUGGUGGCCCACAAGCUUGGCAUGACAUCUGGUGAUUUUGUUUUCAUAUGCAUGAAUGGUGACGUGUACCUGAAGCCUGAGCUCUACCGUGACGUUUUGUCUGAUGCCGGAUGGAGGAGGAACGACACAGACGACGACGACGCAAGACAAGCUUUUGAAUCGGUCAUACAUAUUAUCAUGGACGGCGGGAACCUGGAAGCUUUCGAGCAGUUCUCGCGUUAUUCUCAGAUGGCCAGUAACUACAGGAACGAUUACUGGGAGCUUCCCGAGAGCAACAAGUCAUUUGACGCCUACGCCCCCUUUGUGUACGACGCCACGGUGCUCUGGGCUGUCAUCGUCAACAAGACGCUCCAGGAGGGCGGCGACCCCAGGAACGGUUCCAGGAUCAUGGAGCUGGCUAAAGGGGUCAACGCCACAGGCAUCACGGGUAAGAUCAUCAUGGACUACAACUGUGACCGUCUGUCGAACGUCUGGCUCCUGGACAUGGCAGCAGACGGCAGGUUCGUCGACUUCCUCAAGAUCACCAACCUGGGCAACCGCGCGCAUCUGGACAGGGAAGCUGACGCAGUGAGGUGGCCUGAUGGAAAGAGUGGCAAGAACAAUGCUCCACCAGACACUCCACCAUGUGGAUUCGACGGAGAAUUUUGUAAAGCACUCGAGGACAAGGUGUCACCACCAGACUACACCGACUCCAUUGUGGGGGCUGCGGCUGGCUCGUCCUUCGUUUUCCUGGUGGCUGUAGCUGUGCAGGUGUCUCUCAGGUACUACCGACGUCAUCGUCGCCUGGAGUCGAUGCUGUGGCAGAUCAAGUUUGAGGAGAUGGACUUUGUCACGGCACUACUCAGUGGGAGUGUCAGGGCAAGCUUCAGAAACCUGGCCAAACGUCGCUACUCGAGCAAGUCCAAGCUGGCCAAGUCUCGCCCGACCCUCGAGCCGCAGGACGCCCCGGGGACUCUUCAGCACCUCUUCGAGGGCGGCUCCGUCAUGUUUGGCUCCGUGGCAUAUCUCAGAGGCAGUCUGGUCUCUGUCAAGCGAGUCAGCAGGGGCAGCAUCAGUUUAACAAAAGAACUUUUACAACAGCUGAACAAGCUGAUGGAACUGAAACACCAGAAUAUCACGGCAUUUGUUGGCGCCUGCGUUGACCCGGGUCGGAUCUUGUUGCUGUGGGAAUAUUGUCCCAAGGGGAGUCUGCAGGACAUCAUCAACAACCAGAACAUCAAACUGGACCAGCUCUUCCAGUUCACCAUCUGCCAGGAUGUGGCCAAAGGUCUGGAGUACAUCCACAAGAGCAGUGUGAGUUACCAUGGCAACCUGAAGAGUUCCAACUGUGUUGUGGACAGCCGCUGGACCUGCAAGCUGACGGACUUUGGUGUGCCCAAACUACGGGCGGUCGUCAAGGCGCUCAUCCCAGUCGAGGAAAACGUUGAACGAGAGUUCUGGACGGCGCCGGAAAUUCUGCGUGGCGAGCGUGGCGUGGAGAUGCAGAAGUGCGACAUCUACUCGCUGGGCGUGGUGUACAAGGAAGUCUUCAGCAAAACGUCCGCCUACUCGGAGUUUGGCUUUAUGAGCCCCCAUGACAUCAUUGACAGAGUCAGAAGCCCACGUGACGUCCUGUUUCGACCAAUGCUGGCGGGGGAAACCAAGCAGAACCCCGAGCUGUGUCAGCUGAUCAGCGACUGUUGGGGCGAGGAGCCCGGCGAUCGACCGUCCGUCGCCCGCGUUCUCAAAACUCUCAACCGGCUCAACCCGUCCAAACACACGACUAUGAUAGACAACAUGCUGGCCAUGCUGGAGAAGUACGCGAACCACCUAGAAGAGCUGGUAGCUGAGAGAACCAGCGAGCUGGACGCCGAGAAGAGAAAAACGGAGAACCUGCUGUACCGCAUGUUGCCUCAGACAGUGGCCGAGGACCUGAAGAUGGGCAAGCCGGUCAAGGCCGAGCUGUUUGACCAGGUGACCAUCUACUUCUCAGACAUCGUCGGCUUCACCGGCAUCUGCUCGCAGAGCACGCCCAUCGAGGUGGUCAACCUGCUCAACAGCCUCUACACGCUCUUUGAUGACAUCAUCACGCGCUAUGACGUAUACAAGGUGGAGACUAUCGGUGACGCCUACAUGUUGGCCAGUGGGCUGCCAGAGAGGAACGGCGCACGUCACAUCCGGGAGAUCGCCAACACCGCACUCGAUAUUCUGGCAUCGAUAGAAACCUUCCGCAUUCCGCAUCUACCGGAACGGAAGUUAAAGAUCAGGAUCGGCCUUCACACCGGGCCUGUGGUGGCGGGGGUGGUGGGGCUGGCCAUGCCCCGCUACUGUCUCUUUGGUGACGCGGUCAACACGGCCUCCAGGAUGGAAUCCACUGGCGUCCCUCUACGCAUCCACCUAAGUUCUUCAGCUCGGGACAGCCUCCUGGUGUUUGCUGGAUACCAUCUUGAGUACCGUGGAGAAAUCGAGGUCAAGGGUAAAGGUAAAAUGCAAACGUAUUUCCUGACGGGUCGUGAUGACCUUCAGCGUCCCCUACCCACCAGCCCAGAGAACUUGCGCAAGUCCUCGUCAGCCUUGGUGGACAAAAUUCCAGAGGACAGUCUGCUGGUCAGCUCAGAGUUGCUGGCGCCUAAACACACAGAGGUCACGUGUGGGGGUCAGGACCCGGUGACCCAUUUCUACCUGCAGGAAGACGUGACCCCUGACCUGUCGACUGCAGACCUGACUGACGGGACGUGUUGCAGUCUCAACUGUGGGGUCAAGACUAAGAGGUCAGAGGUCAGCGGUCAGGGGUCGUCAGCCGGUAGAAGGUCGUGCAUGAAGUCCCGCCCCGCGAGGCGCCUGUCCGUCGAGUUCCAGCUGGAUGACCCCAACCCCCUGGCCCAUCUAUUCCGCCCUGACGACCCCAACAACGCCGCCUGUGUCGCCGUCUGCACGCCGCGCGCGCUCGAGAUCACAGCCAACAUCUUCCAGCCCAACCGGAGCAGCCACAAACCCCUGGAGGACAAGCUCAGCCUGGGCAGGAAGGCCACGCCUCGACAGGCCAGGUCCAGUAGGGACGGACCGAGGCAGCCCAAGAGAGAAAACACCGAACACAGAAACUCGCCAAGCCAUGAUUCGCCAAAGUCAGGCCAUGAUUCGCCAAAGUCAGAGCUAAAUUCGCCAAAGUCAGAGCUAAAUUCGCCAAAGCCAGGAGAGGAAUCGCCAAAGUCAGUUCAUGAUUCGAGGGACUUGAAAACUCUAGAAACAAUUUUAUAACCAAACUAUUCAAUCAUUUCUCAAAGUCGAACCAAAUACCUCCUCAAUUUGAACAUAUAUUCACAAUAUUAUUUACAAGCUUUUAUUUAGUUCUCAAUGUAUGUUUGUGGGUUUGUGGAUAAUCUUGUAACUCAGUUUGACCCACUUCUAAUGGAGCGAUUUCAUUCAAAGUUCCUGAUGCCUUGCACUUCGGUGACAAGUCUAUAUGUUGCUUAAUUUAAUUAGAUGUUAAUUAAUCAUUAAAAAUUAAUUAAACGGUUUCGAAACUAAGGGGAGAUAACAAAAUUAAAUCACUCGAUAGAUUACUAUAUUUAAUAAAAUACUUAAAAAAAACUUUUAAAAAAACCACGUUUUUCUUGUGGACUAAAAAGUAGAAAAUAAAUUUUUCUUUUGUGCUUCCUCGAGCUGUGCAUGUUCUUGUGAUGACUGACAAAAAACGUGGGUACGUUCACCAUCAAAUUUCCCGACCCAUCUGCCCGACCCACGU